UAGACUUGAACUUUCGAUCCUACUGCCUCAGCCCUCCAGAGCACCAGGACUGUAGGCAUGCACCAUCACAUCCAGCUUCCCCUUUCUCUUCUAAAGGCGAAAGGCCCACACAAUCUUUUCAGCACCGAUUUCUCAUUUUCACCAGGGAUUCACAGAAAAUUCAGCCUCUCUGCUGUUCCUCCCGCACUCUCUGAUACUGUUUUCUCUUUUUCUUUUUUUGGUACGGGGGAUCGAACUGGUGACCUUGCGCUUGGGAGGCAGGUGGCAGAACUACUGAGCUAAAUCCCCGGCCCUGCGAUCGUUUUCUUGACCUCUUGCCCCUCUGGAUGCCUCUCCUACUUCCUGCCCCAGCCUGGGCCCCAGGGGUCCCCAUAUUCCUUUAAUCCAAAGUUUCAAGGUCUCUCCAGAGAGGAGGGAGGCAAGGGCCUGUGUAUGAGGACCAGAGCAUGGCUGGGCAGCAGGACGGACAGGGACCCUGCCGUCACCUCUCUGAGGUCUUUUGCAGGGUGAGUAUAGCGGCUACUUCAGGAAACAUGGCCAAGUUCGCCCUGAACCAGAAUCUGCCUGAUUUGGGCGGCCCUCGCCUGUGCCCCGGCCCGAUCGGGGGCGCGCGGAGCCUGAGCUCGCCUUACUCCGUGGAGACGCCCUACGGCUUCCACCUGGACCUGGACUUCCUCAAGUACGUGGAGGAGCUGGAGCGCGGUGGGCCCGCCGCCCGCAGAGCCCCCGGACCCCCGACCGCGCGCCGCACCCGCGCGCCCCGCCCGGGCCUCGAGGGCGCUCGCAGCCCAGGCGCCUGGGCAUCCAGUGAGUCCCUGGCCAGCGAUGACGGCGGAACUCCGGGCGCGCUCUCCCCCGGGGCGCUCCCGGGGCUCCAGUUGCCACCGCUGUCGCCACGCGCACUCGUGCGCAAUGUGCGCGUGGAGAACACGCUGCUGGAGACGAGCCGUCGGCUGGAGCUGGCACAGGCGCAGGAGCGCGCGCUCAGCCCUGCCCGCGUGGAGCCGCGCAGUCCACGGGGGUCCGGCCGCAACAGCCCCGCCCCCGCCUCGCCCGGCCCAGCGCAGCUGCAGCUGGUGCGCGAGCAGAUGGCCGCGGCGCUGCGGCGCCUGCGCGAGCUCGAGGACCAGGCGCGCGCGCUGCCCGAGCUGCAGGAGCAGGUGCGCGUACUGCGCGCUGAGAAGGCGUGGCUGCUGGCCGGGCGCGCGCUGGCGGAGCCCGACGGGGAGGCCGAGGCGCGCCCGGACAAGCUCGCCCAGCUGCGGCGGCUCACCGAGCGCUUGGCCACCUCCACCUCGGAGCGCGGCGUCCGCUGCAAGGCCAGCCCCCGCGCUGAAGGCCCAGAUGGGCCGGCUGCAGCGCGCAGCGAGGGCGCACGCCAGGUCCUCGAGGGGGCAGCCGGGACUCCUGGGACCCCCGACGACGGGUCGCCCCAGACCCGGGAGGUGGGCAUCGAGGUUGUGCUCGAGACCCGAGAGGCGGGUGCCCAGGCAGCGCCGGAAACCCGGGAGGCCGGCGUGGAGGCGGCCCCUGAGACCGUGGAGGCGGACGCGUGGGUGAGCGAGGCGCUGCUCGGGGUGCCCGCCGCUGCCGAGCGCGAGCUGGAGCUGCUUCGCGCCGGCCUGGAGCACCAGCGCGGGGUGAGCGAGCUGCUGCGCGGGCGGCUGCGGGAGCUGGGGGAGGCCCGCAAGGCUGCCCAGGACGAGGCCAGGGAGCCCAGGGCCCCGCCGUGCAGUGCCGCCACUCAGACCCCUUGGGGCUGUGCGGAGAAGACCACGCAGACUGAGCUCCCUGCGGAGGCCCCUCCUGGGGACAGGGCCGUGGCCCCGGCGGGCACCCUCAAGUCCAUCAUGAAGAAGAGAAACGGCACCGCUGGCGCCCAGCCCAGCCCGGGACCCAAGAGCCUGCAGUUUGUCGGAGUCAUCAACGCAGAGUAUGAGAGCUCGUCCAGCGAGGACGACAGCGACAGCAACGACAGCCAAGACGGCGCCCCGAAGCGUCCGAGGAGCAGCUCUUCCGGCUCCGGGGACGACAGCGGCGGGGACGUCGGGGACCCGGAGGCAAAGGCGGAAGCAGAGCCUCAGCCCGGGACCCAGGGGAGGCAAGAGGCGCCCGUGGUCGGGAGUGGGGGCGGCUGGGUGUCUCGGGGUCCCCCUGAGGCUCGCCUGGCUCCUCUCAGGUACGAGCUGAGCCCGCGGUUGCGCGAGGCGUGCGCCGCGCUGCUGAGACAGCUGAGCCGGCCCCGCGGAAUGGCCCGCGACAGCAACGCGGCGCGCCUGGUGGCCCAGGAGUGGUUCCGGGUGUCCAGCCAGCGGCGCUCCCAGGCCGAGCUGGUGGCGGGGGUGCUGCGUGGGUUGGCGCGCCUGGGACCCCCGCUGCUGACGCACGUGGUGAACCUGGCGGAUGACAACGGGAACACGGCCCUGCACUACAGUGUGUCCCAUGGGAACCUGGGCAUCUCGAGCCUGCUGCUGGACACGGGGGUCUGUGAGGUCAGCUGCCAGAACCGCGCCGGCUACUCAGCACUCAUGCUGGCUGCACUCACGUCUGUGGGGCUGGAGGACAUGGUUGUGGUCCGGAGGCUCUUUAGAAUGGGUGAUGUCAACGCGAAGGCCAGCCAGACUGGACAAACGGCCCUCAUGCUGGCCAUCAGCCACGGCCGGGAGGAUAUGGUAAUGGCCCUGCUGGAGUGCGGGGCUGAUGUGAAUGCACAAGACUCGGAAGGGGCCACGGCGCUCAUGUGUGCCAGCGAGUAUGGACGCCUGGACACCGUCCGGUUGCUGCUGGCCCAGCCAGGCUGUGACCCUGCCAUCCUGGACAAUGAGGGCACCAGUGCCCUGGCCAUCGCCUUAGAGGCGGAGCAGGACGAAGUGGCCGGUCUGCUGCAUGCCCACCUGAGCUCCAACCAGCCUGGUUCCCAGAGCCAGUCACCCUCAGACUCUCCUGCAGCCACACCCGGUGAAGGAGGGUGCAGUGACAUCAGACAGGACCCCCAGCCUCAGUGAACUGCUGUGCACACCUGAGCAGGACUCAGGGAGGAUCCUUUCCUCCCCACCUCACCCCCUGGAUCACACAUCACACACCCAUCCACUUUCUCAAACUUUUUUCCUAAUAAAACACUGCUAUUCAGCUUGCACUGUC